GACGCCUACUACAUCACACCCCCGCCGCACUCACCGUCCGCCGCGUCUGCCUCCAGCUCCGCAUCUGUCGGUCCUCCUCCCUUCUCCUCCCUUUUUGUCUCAACCGAUCCCAAUCGCCCCAAGCUCACCGAGGCAUCUGGACCGGCUUCGCUCCCGGCCUUUGUGUCCCCGCCACCUGUCGAGGAGCCUCUCGACCCGGCCCCCUCGUCGUCGGUUGUCGCAGACACCAAGGCGUCCUUCUCCGAUCCUAAGAGCGACCUUGGGAAAAGUACCGACGACGGAGAACCGCCGCCGCCGUAUACUGAAGGUUAUAGUCCACUUGAAUCAUUUACAUACGUGAUGGCAGCAGCAGGAGGCGCCUCAAGCAUCAUUACCCAGGUCCAACAGACCGGGGGUCCACCAAUCAACACUCUUGGAGAUAUUGGUGGAGAUGAACAUAUCACGCUUGAUCUCCGGGGUACUCGGUUUACGUUGUCCCGCGAUGAGCUAUUGACACUGCCAGAGUUUGUUUUGCUGUCCCUCUUCCCCAAUGGUCUUCUUCCUGAUGGACAUAUGGGUGGAUUCCAUGAAGGCGAUAUUUAUCCUGUUGAUGUAAGUGUACAAUGCAGCCACCGCAUUCCGGCUUUUAUCGAAGUCCUCUGGGCUAACAGCCCCCAGUAUGACCCGGCAUCACUCCAAUACAUGCUUGAUUUCUUCCGCUCUGUCGCGCAAUCUAUUCCAUCUUCGCUACCUUCGACGUCCACCUCUCCGGAACUAGACAUCCCCGAUGUUAUGCAAAACUCCGCUCGUGACAUGCUUCAAGACCGUGCCGGCAUCAUUGUUUUACGUGAAGAUCUAGACUUCUACGUCAUCCCUCCCAAGCCUGAUAUCGGGCAUGAGGAGAUGCUCGAAGUCAAGCGAGCUGCUGGCCGAGCAUUAUUGAAGCAGGAUGGCAUUUUCUCUGGGCUACGCAAGAGUGAGGAGGUGGGAUCCACUGAACAGCACUUGAUCGAGAUGCUGACUGCCGGUGGUUUCGAUCGUGAGGAUCAAUGGGGCCAUCGAGCCCCAGAGCCCAGUAAGGCAGUAAUCUGCAGCCUUGCUUUGGCCAAGCUUCGCACUGAUAUUCGAGGCGACUUGUCGAAUAAUAAUGCAGUUGGAAUGGCCCAAAAGCUCCUCCUCUUCUGGCGAAAACCUGCCCGCCGAUGCUGGUGGGAAGGUGUCGAUCUCAACGACGUUGAGGGGGUGGAGGGCCAGUUGAAGGUCUGGAUUCGCCGAGUCUGGACUUUGGAAAUGGUAAGAAUUCUACCGCCACCCCAUUACUACUUCUCCCAUUUUCAGAUUCCAAUUGCUAAUAAUUGCUUCUCCUCAGAG